AUGUCAACGACUAUCGCAAUGAUUGCUCUCCGGCCUUCCUUUAGACGCGUAACCGCAUUGACUGGUGUCACGCGUCGCUCAAUGUCGGUGAUCACGUUGAGCGACCAGGAAGCUGUGGAAAAAUUCAAAACCAUCAACUCCAAAACGGUCUGUUACUUCACGGCUGUCUGGUGUCCUCCAUGCAAGCAAAUCAAACCAAUUUACGAAGAAAUGUCUACUAAAUACGACGGUGUAGCCUUUGGGAAGAUUGACGUCGACGACAAUGCGGACGCAGCGGUAGAAUACGAAAUCUCGAAUGUGCCAACCUUUAUUGCCUUUGAUGGCGAAGAGAUAGUGGCACGUUUUUCUGGAGCCGAUCCCAAUCAACUCACAUCCAUGGUUGAGGCUUUAAAAAGUCGAUAG